CUUAACAACCAAAAAUGAUUUGUUUUAUAAGCAAGAAAUCCCCUUUACAUCUCAUCAUUCUAGUAGUAGUUCUUAGUUCAGCAGCCCAAAUUAGAGCUGCGGCUGAUUCCCCUACUCCAGUACUCACCCGCACUGGUUUUGGUGAUGAUUUCAUAUUUGGAACGGCAUCCUCAGCUUAUCAGUAUGAAGGUGCAGCUAGUGAAGGAGGCAAAGCGCCCAGUAUAUGGGACACUUACACUCAUAACCAUCCAGAGAGGAUUAUGGAUGGCAGUAAUGGAGAUGUAGCAGAUGAUUCAUAUCACCGCUACAAGGAAGAUGUUGAAAUUAUGAAGGAAAUGGGCCUAGAUGCCUACAGAUUCUCAAUCUCAUGGUCUAGAAUUUUGCCAAAUGGAAAGGUAAGUGGUGGUGUGAACGAAGAAGGAAUUAAAUACUACAACAACCUCAUCAAUGAGCUCCUCUCCAAUGGUAUAGAGCCUUAUGUGACCCUAUUCCAUUGGGAUCUUCCCCAAGCCUUAGAAGAUGAAUAUGGUGGUUUCUUAAGUCAUAAGAUUGUGGAUGAUUUUGUGGCUUAUUCAGAGGUGUGCUUCAAGGAAUUUGGUGACAGGGUAAAGCAUUGGAUCACCCUGAAUGAGCCAUGGAGCUUCAGCAAUUUGGGCUACACAAAUGGAAGUUUGGCUCCGGGACGUUGUUCUGAAUGGCAGCAACUUAACUGCACUGGUGGAGAUUCAGGAACAGAACCAUACCUGGUUUCACACCACCAGCUUCUUGCUCAUGCAGAAGCUGUAAAUUUGUACAGGCAAAAAUACCAGGAAACUCAAAAGGGCAUAAUCGGGAUCACACUGACUUCACAUUGGUUUGUGCCACUUUCGAAUUCAAAGCAUGACCAAGAGGCCGCUCAACGAGCUCUUGAUUUUAUGUUUGGAUGGUUUAUGGACCCGAUAACAAAAGGUCAUUAUCCAGACUGCAUGCAAUCCCUUGUUGGAGACCGUUUACCUAAAUUCACCAAAGAACAGUCAGAAAGGCUGAAAGGAUCAUUUGAUUUCCUUGGAUUAAACUACUAUACUGCAAACUAUGCUGCUGAUUCACCUAAGGUUAAUGCUUCCAGGCCUAGCUACUCUACAGAUUCUCGAGCCAAUCUUUCUACCGAGCGUGAUGGGGUCCCAAUUGGUCCAGGGACUGCUUCCAGUUGGCUCCAUGUGUACCCAGAAGGAUUUUACAAUCUUUUAAUGUACAUCAAGAACAAGUAUGAUAAUCCUCUAAUUUAUAUAACCGAGAAUGGGGUGGACGAGAUGGAUGAUCCAUCUUUACCGCUAGAGAAAGCCCUCAUUGACGAUCACAGGAUUAACUACCACUUUCAACACCUUUCUUUCCUUCAAGCUGCCAUCCGGGGUGGUGUGAAAGUGAAGGGAUACUUUGCGUGGUCAUUACUGGACAAUUUUGAAUGGGCUAAUGGCUAUACAGCGCGAUUCGGCAUAUACUAUGUAGAUUAUAGAAAUGGAUUGAAAAGAUAUCCCAAGCUUUCUGCUCACUGGUUUAAGAAUUUUCUGAAACAACAAAAAGUAUCUAUUGUGUCACAGGGACAUGUUUCUCAAGCCAACAAAAAAUUGACGACUCAUCAACUUUGUUGGCUACCUUGUUUCUUAAGGUAGAAUUUCCGGAGUUAUUUGUUUUAUGAUGAUCAAUAAAUCAUUCGUUGGAAU